AUGACGAACGGCAGAGUAGUCAUCGCAGGAUUCAGCAGUCUUUGGCUCGCCUCAUUACGACAAAGAGUCGACCCAAUCCUCUCGUCGGACUCACGAGUCACCAUUCACGAAGCGGAUGCAACGAACUUCGAGAACCUACGCAAAGCUCUCAAAGGCGCGACAACAUUCGUGUGCUGCUACCUUGGCGAAGACUCGUUGAUGGUCGAAGGCCAAAAGCUUCUCAUCGACGCCUGCAUCACUGAGCAGGUGCCUCGAUACUUUGCUUCUGACUACUCUUUCGACUUUCGCAAUUUGAAACGAGACAAGCUUCCUCACAAGGACUGCCAGAUCGACAUUUAUGAGCAUCUGCAGCAACUCGGGAAGCAUGGAAAGAUCAAGCCGGUUCACAUACUGAACGGUGCCUUCGCUGAAGCAUUCGUUUCGGCAUAUAUGGGGAUAAUUGAUCCUGAGUCGAAAAGCCUUCACUACUGGGGCUCAGGUGAGGAGGUCUGGGAGGUCACGACCGUGGAGAACAUGGCCGAGUUCACGGUGGAAGCAAUCGCUAACCCAGGUGCCACGGGGCUUCUGAGGGUGCAAGGAGACUUCACUUCCGCUUUACACCUCGGUCGACUCGUGGAAGAUGUAUACGACGUCAAGCUUCGAUAUGAGAAGCUGGGUUCCCUGGAAGACCUCUACAAAGCACUUCAGGAAAGCAAAUCUGCGAGGCCAAACGAGCCCUUCGCAUGGCUUGGACUGGCCUACAACUACCACAUCAUCAAUGGGCAAACUCUAAUGCGUGGUAACGACAAUAGCAUGUUCCCGGACUUUCGGCCGGAGACGCUGAAGGAGUUCCUGAAGACGCACUCACUUCCGGAUCUGCCGAACCUUUAUGCUGCGACGGCGAAGAUGUAG